AGACAGGAAGACCUGUCAAUUCCUCCCAAUCCAAGAGCGCAACCUCUUCAAAGUAGUUUCACCGAGUGUUGUCACAGACAGUGACACGGCGGAUUUAAACUCAUUACAUCCCGACACUUGAGCCAUUUCACAACUGAAGCAACUGAACCCAAAAACCACUCUGGGCGUCUCAGAUCAGCGCUCCAUGCUCCUGCAAUCCGGCGGGUGUUAAGAUCCAUGGAAGUGGCCGGCUUCUACGACGAGGGCGGCUUUGCUAUCCACAGUAGAGACAGCAUUAUCAGCCCCAUCAGCUCAUACUGGAGGCUCGGCGACUCGAUGACGGAGCUGGGCAUUGAAGAGCGGGAGAGAGCGAUAGACUUCAGCGCGUACCUGGAUUCAGCUUUGCACUGCCCGCAGCUGGCGGCGCAGACGCACCACCAGCAGCAGCAGCAGGGGGACGUUUACCCAGAUUUCCUGGCGGGUGACAAGAUCAAGAGAGUUUCAGCCCUACAGAACUACAAGAACUACUCGUUGCUGAACGAGCUGGAGACGAGUCAGUGCGACAACCUGAGGGACCCCAGGGAGCCUUACGCGCUGGGUUACACUGAGCUGCAGGAGACCCGUGUGGAUAGUGUGCUCAGCCCUGAACUCCGCUACAGAGCCGCCGCUGCUGCUGCUGCUGCUGAGAGAGACGACAGUCAAGAAGACGUAAAGAUGGAGAACGGGUCGUCUGGUUUUGACAUGAGGUACCUUCAUUACCAGUCCACCAGCGGCAGUCUUGGAAACAUCUCCACCGCGUCCUCGACUUGCUCCAGCCCGCCCAGCACACCUGCCCCGUCAGGUAAAAGCAGGUCGCCGUCACACGGUGGCAAAAUGUCCAGCGGCAAGGCAAAGAAACGCUUGGACAAGGACAGUGAAGAGUACAGGGUGAGGCGGGAGAGGAACAACCUUGCCGUGAGGAAGAGCAGGGACAAAGCCAAAAUGCGCAACUUGGAGACUCAACAUAAAGUGCUGGAACUGGCCGCAGAAAACGAUCGUUUACAAAAGCGCGUGGAGCAGCUGUCCAGAGAGCUGGCCACCCUGCGCAACCUGCUCUCUGCCACCGGACAAUGUUAGAAAACCUCCUCCAGAGAGUCCACACGGACCUCCGGAGCUGCUUCUCUAAUCAUCGAUGGACUUUAGAGCCGGAGGUGAUCCACUGAACAGGUGUUGGAAAAAAAACGGUACGCUUUCACAUGUGAAGACAGCGACCACCAGUUUACAGGGACACUUUGAAUGGGACUGAAGGAGUGGGUGCAUGGAUUGCGCAAUCAUUCUUCACAUGUCACCGUAGCUUUAUUCUCAGAUGUAAUUUUUUGUGUGUGUAUGCAGUAUUUCGGUGCAGAUUUUACAUACAUGCGAGUGAAUUUCUACAUUUUGUGUAUCUGGAGCAAUGGUUGUCAAGGGAAGAGUUGUGCUGCAGUGAAAUGAUGCAACUCUUUGUAAUAGUAUUGGCAAUGAAUGAAAUAAGUCUAAUUAUUUAAUAUUAAAAGGGGAAAUGCUUUAAUUGUACUUGAUAUUUUAUUGAAUUAAACAGAUUUAUACUUUGUCUAAAGAA